AUGAGUUUUUUAUGGGAUUGGUUUACCAAUAUUUUAACAACACUUGGUCUUCAUAAAAAAAGUGGUAAACUUGUAUUUCUUGGCCUUGAUAAUGCUGGAAAAACAACUCUAUUGCAUAUGCUUAAAGAUGAUCGACUUGCUCAACAUGUACCAACACUACAUCCAACUUCGGAAGAAUUAGUUAUGGGUAAUAUGAAAUUUACAACAUUUGAUUUAGGUGGUCAUGCUCAAGCUCGUCGUGUAUGGAAAGAUUAUUUUCCUGCUGUUGAUUCAAUUGUGUUUCUUGUUGAUGCAGUUGAUCGAACACGUUUUGCUGAAGCAAAAGCUGAACUUGAUAGUUUGUUAACAGAUGAACAAGUAGCGAAUGCACCUAUUGUUAUACUUGGAAAUAAAAUUGAUUUACCAGGAGCUUGUAGUGAACAAGAACUUCGUUAUGUACUUGGUAUUUCUACAGCUACAACAGGCAAAGGAAAUGUUCUUCGUUCGGAUAUAGCUGGUCGUCCAAUGGAAUUAUUUAUGUGUAGUGUACUAAGACGUGAAGGUUAUGGUGAAGCAUUUCGAUGGCUUUCACAAUAUCUUUAUGAAUGUGACAUAUGGAAAGCAGCUGAUUGUCCACAAGGACCAUCAAAAGAUGAUGAAAAUUUAAUGAAAUCUCAAUUAUAUACUGAAGAACAAUUACUUGCUUAUUGUGAUGCUGGUAAAACAUUUUCUGAAUGUGUCAAUGAACAUUUACUUUGUUGUGAUAUGCGUACAGAAUAUGCAGCUGCAUUAGCAUCAUUAGAUAUACAACUUAAACGUAAUGCAUUACGUAUUGGAAAAUAUUGUAUAGAUUAUAAUGAAACAAAUCCAAUACAAUAUAAAUGUCGUACAACAUUAAAAACAAUACAAGGUACAAGAUAUCGUUCAACUACAGCAACAAUACCUAUUUGUAAUUUAGAAAAAGCUGGAAAACAAUGUAGUCCAAUUAUUGAAAAUCGUGUUCGUUUUGAUCGUCGAUGGUCAGCACAAGAAAAAGUUAAAUGGUGUAAAGAUGCAUAUGAAUAUCAUACAUGUGCACUUUCAUAUAUAACAAACUGUACAAUAACACCUGUUGCUGGUGAUGUUGCUCAAUUAACUGUUUUCUUAGAUUAUAUUGAAAAAUCUGCAAAUCGUGAAUGUCCAGGUGGUCUAUUUGGUUGUACAGAAAAAGCAGACGAAGAUUCUCGUUGUCAAGAUAAAAUUAGUUUUUUUCUUGAAAAAAAUGCAUUAGCUAAUGAAACGACAAUGAUACACAUAUCAUCAUUAACAUUAUUUUUCAUGCUUUUUAUAUAUUAUGAUAUAAUCAAACUAGAAACAUACAUUCUUUUUCACUAA